AAUUUCAAAACAAGAGGCCCUUGGGGGUAGAGUUGAAAGGCUCUGACUGGUGGCCGUCGGUACCAAUCUUAAUGUAACCCGGAAGUGGUUUUGGUAUCAUGUACUCUUCAUCCUGAUUGGCUGUGUUGACGGUGCUGCUGAUGUGUUCUGAAGAUAGCAAACCUAGUCGGCGGAUUUAAACAGAUUCUUCGUCGGAAUAGUAACUUUGCUUUGGAAAAGAUAAUGCCUUUCUACCAGACAUGGGAGGAGUUCGCCCGUGCAGCAGAAAAACUGUAUCUGACAGACCCCAUGAAGGUCCGGGUUGUUCUCAAGUACAGACACUGCGACGGUAAUCUCUGCAUUAAAGUGACCGACAAUUCCGUGUUAGUCUUUUGUUCAUCUCUACAGUGUUUACAGUACAAGACAGACCAGGCCCAAGAUGUGAAGAAGAUUGAAAAGCUCCACGGAAAACUGAUGAGACUCAUGGUGUCCAAGGAGACGCACAGUGGUGCCAUGGAGACAGAUUAAAAUGCUCUAAAAGAUCUAACCUUGUACAGCACCUGGACUGAGUUCAGUGGACACAGUGUUUUGUCUUUUUCCUUUUGUUUUUUCUUUUAGAGCACAGCUGCAUUGGAGCACGAUGUGGAGUCUCAGAGAUGGGCAGUGGUAAAGAGGGAAUGUAGUGAUAUUGAUCUGGCUACCUACAUAGAUUUAAUACGGUCAGAUGUGAUUACAUUAUAUAUAUAUCACAUCUGACCGUAUUAAAUUUUUUUUUUUCAUUCUCUCUGGAAUUUGUUUUUUAUGAUACAUUCUUAUUAAUUAAAAAUCCUGUCAUCUUGCUUUUCCUUGUCAGGUAUUUUGAUCACAUCCUUGAUGGUAUUAAUAUAAAGUAAGGUAGGCUGCAGGGAAAUUUUAGUGAAUAUUAAGAUGGGAAAAUGAGUGGGUUCGGGGGUAAUGUGGAACAAAAAUGUACAAAAAUGAAAAAUCCCCCGCUGCUGUCUAAGCAGCUUGGGCACCUUGAUUUCUUUAGAAGCUUUUGCUUUUAUUGUCAGUUUUUAAAUGGGAUUAAAAGAUUGGUCAUCUAAGCCAUCACAUGUCUGGUCUAUCUACAUCUAUGUUGCUUUUUUUGUUUUUCCUCAUGAGACUUGUGCCACAUGAAUGAAGCAGGACCUUCUGAUUUCCCAACAACAGAGUGGAGAAAGAACAAAAACACUGUUACUAUGAAAAAAACCCCAAACCUUCAAAUGUCAUUUCUUAUACUGAGAAUAAUUGCGUUACAUGUACAAUAAAUUUGUAUUUACCCCAGUACAGUUGGCAUCUGUCCUGUAUUUCCAAUUGUGGUGGAAUGUAUUGGUUUCUGUUUAACAACGGUUAAAAGGCUGAGCAGUUUUCUGAGGAAAGAAAA